AUGAGGUGGCAAAUUCCAGAAUAUGGCAGACUUAAGUGUAAUGUCGAUGCUAGUUUCCACCGAGCUUCGGACAGAGCCGGGAUAAGUUGUUGUGUUCGUAACGAUGCAGGUCUAUUUGUUUCAGCAUUAACCUCUUGGAUGCGACCGAAACUGUCUCCACAUGAGGGUGAGGCACUGGGGUUGUGGCAUGCUAUGUCUUGGGCUUUGAGUAGCGGCUUCCAUAAUGUGAUAUUUGAAACAGACUCCAAGAUGCUUGUGGAUGUUGUUCAUUCGGAUAAUGCAGGUAUUUCUGAAUUUUAUGUCAUUGUUUCUAAGAUUAGAGGUUUGUUAGCAUUACAUUACAACUUUGAGGUCAAGUUUGUUCGACGUCAAGCGAAUAUGGUUGCUCAUACCUUAGCAAAUGUAGCCAUUUUAAAUGCUAGUCGUCAUAUUUAUGAUUAUGCUCCUCUUUGUAUUCAACAUUAUUUAAGAAAUGAUAUGAGCUGCGUUUUGUUUGUUUAA